AUGGUGGCAAUCAGCAGCGGCUUUGGGUCAGGUGACCCCGUGGCAACUCGGACAUCGCGAGCAGCGACGCACCCAGACCGACCGGCGCGCCGCCUCGCGCUCCUGCUCCUCGUGACCACCGCGGCGAUCGCGCUGUUCCCUACGACCGCCUCGGCUUUCUCUUCACGCGGGCCUCUCUCUUCUGACCAGCGGGCGGCGGUCGAGCGCAUCUCUGCGCUCAAGCUCGCCCUCAGCGAGCGGCUAGCAGCCCAGGGCUACAAGUUUGAGCCGUCGCCCCGCCAGUGGGCGCGCCUCACCCAGAAGCUGCUCACCCCGGGGUCUGUCGUCAAGGUUGUGGCUUUCGGCGGCAGCGUGACAGUCGGCUACCGUUAUAGCAAGACGUCCUACCCGGAGCAGUUUGUUGAGUGGCUGCGGACGUCGUUCCCGGGGGUCGAUUUCGAGCUCACCAACAUGGCGCGGCGCGCAACGGCGGCGACGUUCGCAGCGCUGUGUCUGGUGCAGGACAUGCCGGAGGACGCUGAUCUUGUUGUGGUGGAGUACUCCAUUAACGGGUACGGCGGCCAGUGCCAGUGCUUCACCGCACCUCAGAACGCGGGGUACGAGACGCUCAUACGGCGGAUUCUCAAGCGCUCCCCCCAGGCCGCGAUGAUGACAUUUGCCGCCUUCAUGUGGCUCGACAAGAAGGGAGAGAGGGAGGUGUAUUACAACACGGGCGAGGACCAGCACGCCGUCAUAGCCCGGCGAUACGGCAUCCCGAUGAUGAGCGUACGUGACUCGCUUUAUGAUGUCAUGUUUGACCCAGGGAACCACUAUCGCAUCAACCGCUCCGAGAUUCUGGUCGACAUCGUGCAUGUGAGCGACCACGGCGCCAAGCUGUACGCCUCGUACCUGGCCUGGGGCCUCCGCCGGCAGGCCCUCCGCAUGAUAAAGCACCACGGCUCGCGCCUCGAGGCCGCCGCCGCCGCGCCGCCCGCGCCCAUGGUGGCGCCCCUGAACAGGGACGCGGCCAUGGAGGACUGGCCCACGUUCUGCGCGGAGGGGGAGGGGCUGCAGAAGGUGGUGGCGCCCAGCGGGGAGGGCGCGUGGCAGUGGGUGGACGAGGGCAGCAGCGCGUGCCCGGGGUGCCACAAAUACGGCUUUGCGUCAAAGGAGGUGGGGGCGUACCUGGACAUCGAUGUGAAUAGCGACGUCCUCAGCACACAGGACAAGGAGGCAGACGCCACGGUGAUGCUGGCGCUGUCGUUCCUCAAGUCAUACUCUGACAUGGGCAAGGUGCGUGUUUCCUGCAAGUCUGGCUGCACCUGCAAGGAGGUGGUGAUGGACGCGAAGAACAAGACCCCCACCAGCGAGCUGCACACGGAGCGCAUGCCCAUCAGCCCGCACCCACAGUGA